AGGAGGAAAGCAGAUGCAGCUGGUGGAGCUCUUUGGAGGCGUGGGGGCAGGACUAGCUGCUUCCAUGGAGGCAGGACUACAAGUGAGCUGAUGGAUCUACGUCGAGAUCGACCCAGAUGUACGGCGGAUGGCCUGGCAUCAUGCGCAGGAGCUGGUCAAGCGGUACCCAGGGCAGCUAUCCGAGGCAGUGAUUUGGAAGACCCAGGAAGACAAUUACUGGGACGUGGGCUGCUGACAAAAGAGACGGUGGAAGGAUGGGGAGCGGUGGACCUGCUAGUAGCAGGAUGGGAAUGCCAAGGAGGCAGGACUACAAGUGAGCUGAUGGAUCUACGGCGAGAUCGACCCAGAUGUACAGCGGAUGGCCUGGCAUCAUGCGCAGGAGCUGGUCAAGCGGUACCCAGGGCAGCUAUCCGAGGCAGUGAUUUGGAAGACCCAGGAAGACAAUUACUGGGACGUGGGCUGCUGACAAAAGAGACGGUGGAAGGAUGGGGAGCGGUGGACCUGCUAGUAGCAGGAUGGGAAUGCCAAGGAACGUCCCGUGCAGGGAAAGGAGGUGGCAUGGAUGAUAAGAGGACGUCGCAGCUGGAAGAGUUGAUGACGAUCAUGAGAUGGAUGCGAACCAGGGGAGACAACUAUGCGUACAUAGUCGAGCACGUGGACAUGGUGGGGGACCCCAGGGAGCCAAUUCGAUGAGUACAAGAGAUAGUGACACAAGCCUUGGGAGAUGGAGUAAGUUGGGAUGCUGCGCUGACGGGAUCACGAGCUCACUGCGUUUGACGAUUCUGGCAGAACGUGGUGCCCAAUGGCGUUCUCAGGAGGAAGCUGAGAGAGACAACGAGGGAGGACUCUCGUUUGGUGGAGGACAUCCUGGAUAUAGGGCGAAAGGCAGCUCUGGUGGAGAAAUGAGAUCACCCGAGGCAGCAUCAAUGUAAUCGAGUGGGAGAGGCGAGAUGGGCCUGGCCGACCCUAGUAGCCUACGAGGGGGCACGGGGAUUUAGAAUGGAGGAGGAGACGCCGGGGCCAGGUAUGGUGUUCGACCAUGCCAAAGGAUGGUGGGAAGAGCCAACGGCACCAGAAAGAGAACAAGCGAUGGGGUUUGUGCGGGGGGCAACCGCAGCCAAAGAAGUAGGGGAGAUGAUGGAUUGGGAGAGACGCAGCAGCAAGAGCAGCGGGACUCGGCAGAGGGCCUACAUGGCGGCGGCUUCAGCAGCAUGGUAAAAGCCAGAGGUGGGAGAGAGAGAAUGGAGUAUGGCUUCAGACCUGUUAGCGGAGGCGAAGGAAGCCAUAAAGCAAAUGCUGCAGGACCACAAGAAAACUUUCGCCUACAGCAUACGGGACCUGGACAGAUGCAAUCUACGUCAACUCGAGCUCAACCUCACGACAGAAGUGCCCAUAUAUCAGUGCCGUAGGAGACUGAGCCCCGGAGACGAAGAAAUAUGCCGCGCAAAGUGCAAGGAGCUGUUAGACGCGGAGGUGAUCCGACCGUCGGAGUCCCCCUACGCGGCAGCGAUUGUGGUGGCAGCUCGAACUGAUCUCGCUGGGACGGUGCUACAGAGGAGGAUGUGCGGGGACUACAGAGACUUGAACCGAGUGACGGUCCCGGACCGCUACACCAUGCCGACGGCAGAGGAAAUAUUCGACCGGUUGGCAAAUGCGAGGCUCAUCAGCACCUUCGAUCUCAGGCAGGGCUUCAAUCAGAUUGCCAUUCGGGAACAAGACAAGAAGAAGACCGCCUUCUAUGGAGCUGAUGGGUUGUACGAGUGGAACACCAUGCCGUUCGGUUUGCGGAACGCCUUGGCGGUGUUCCAACGGACUAUGGAUCAGGGGCUGCGAGACGUGCCCAACGCGGCCUGCUACAUCAACGACGUCAUCGCUUUCAGCAGCAGUGAAGACGAGCACACAUGAGAUAUCAAAGAAACCCUGGAUGGGAUC